AAACACUUUUGACUGGAGACUGCGCCCAUUACUUCCAACUAUCAGGAUCUGCCCUUUUCUCCCUGUGAAACCCGAUCACUCCCAAACAAAUAUUCAAGAAUUUUGAGCUCCCAAUACUGCCUUGUAGUUGGGGAAAGGGCUGAAAAACGAAAUUGAAAGAGAAGGGAAAAGAGCCAUUGGUGCCUCGGGUUGAAAGCUUGCUGGAGAUUGUGGUUAAGGUGGGGUUAAGCCGUAAAGAUUCGGCCUAGAAAACUUUUGGAGGAUUGUUGAGAAGAUGAAUUGAAACCUUAAAAAGAGAGUUGGACAAGGAAGAGAAUUAAGCUGCUGAAAAGUUAUUAGAAGUCUAGAAAUAAAGGCUUGUUUGAGCCAAAUUGGAACUGUCAACGAUUCAAGUAGGAGACUUUAAAAGCUUGCUGAAAUUUUUUUUGGUGAAAUUACAUAAAGUUAAAGGAGCGGUCAGUAUUAUUGGUGAGAAUUACCACCAAUUGAGAAACGGAACAAGGUUUUGGCAAAGAGCAAAUCAGAAGAAGAAAAAAUGUGCAUGUGCACGGUAGAGAAGAAAGGUAACUUGUUCAUUUUAACUUUGACCGGAGAAGACGAGCAUCGUCUAAACCCAACUCGAAUCGAUGCAAUCCGUUCAGCACUGAACCGAAUUCGAUCUGACUCCACCUCUCACUCUUGUUCGGCUCUCAUCACCACCGCUCAAGGGAAGUUCUUUUCCAACGGCUAUGAUCUCGCCUGGGCUGGCUCUUCACCAGACAAGAUCCGUUUGAUGUCUUCCAAGCUUCGAGCACUCGUCGCCGAUUUAAUCUCUUUUCCUAUGCCUACCAUCGCUGCCGUCACUGGCCACGCCUGUGCUGGCGGAUUCAUCUUGGCUUUUAGCCAUGACUAUGUUGUUAUGAGAAAAGAUCGAGGGUUUUUGUACAUGAGUGAAAUGGAUAUCGGGCUUAAGAUUCCAGCUUGGUUCAUGGCCCUUAUAAGCUGCAAGAUCGGCGACCCUGUGGUACGACGGGAGGUGGUGCUGAAAGCGAAGAAGUUGACGGCGGAGCAAGGAGUGAAGAGGGGGAUUGUCGACGCGGCGUAUGAUUCUGCAGAGGAAACGGUGAAAGGGGCGAUUGAAUUGGGAGAAAAAUUAACUCAAAAAGGAUGGAACAAACAAGUUUAUAGUGAAAAUAGGAAGCAGCUUUAUAAAGAGAUUUUGGAUCAGCUUGGCGUCGAUGAAACCACUGAUGAUUUGAACAAAGUCUCAAUUGCAGCCUCCAAACUGUAGCAUAAUUUCCAAUGUGGUUAGAGAAAUUAAAGAAAUAUUUGUCAUAAUUUAAGAUUAAUUUUAAUUAAAGUUUGUAUUCAUAUUUCUUCUUUUA